AAAAAUAGUUGCACAUUAAAAAGGAGAGAGGACGACCGGAACAUAGCGGAUCCCUGCGACGGUUGGAUGCCAUGGCUCUUCUCAGCCGAACUUCCUCACGCCUCCCGCAGCUUGUGUCUCCUCAACGCAUAGUUUCCCUCCAUACCACUCUCCCCUCUCUCUCCUCUGCCUCAUAUUCCGGCACUGCCUCGCCGGCGCCAUAUGUUCGGCCCCCACCCCCAUCCGCCUCCUCCCCUCCCGGUCUUUCCAAGGCCGCGGAGUACGUGAUCUCCAAGGUUGACGAUCUCCUCAACUGGGCUCGCCGGGGUUCCAUCUGGCCUAUGACCUUCGGUCUUGCUUGCUGCGCUGUCGAAAUGAUGCACACCGGCGCCUCCCGUUACGAUCUUGAUCGCUUCGGCAUCAUUUUCAGGCCCAGCCCUCGCCAGUCCGAUUGUAUGAUUGUCGCUGGCACUCUCACCAACAAGAUGGCCCCUGCUCUCCGCAAGGUUUAUGACCAAAUGCCGGAGCCUAGAUGGGUCAUCUCUAUGGGGAGUUGUGCUAAUGGAGGAGGAUACUACCACUACUCCUACUCUGUUGUUCGAGGAUGUGACAGAAUAGUUCCAGUUGACAUAUAUGUUCCAGGUUGUCCUCCAACUGCUGAGGCCUUACUAUAUGGACUCCUCCAGCUGCAGAAGAAGAUCAAUAGGCGCAAGGACUUCCUCUUGUGGUGGACGAAGUGAGGUCUAUGUACUUCAUAUCUUAGUCGCCAAGCUGUGUCCUCGUGUUAAAUAAGCAAUACACUUGUAGUAUGCGCUGCUGAAGAAGUUGCAAAGGAAAUAUUGUAUUGGAAUGUUACAAAUCACAUAUCACAUCCGGGCAUGUUAUUUUUUGUUUGUCGUUCUGCUCAGCUUUUGUGGAAUUUUAGACCUUUUGGACAUGCAAUUACUUCUAUAAACUUCUUAUGUAUGCUGAUUAGACUGGGAAUAAAUGAGACCCUAUGGUUGACUCAUUA